GUACUUUGUGCUCUCUCCCCGCCUUCCAACCAAAUCAAAAGAUGGCGGCAGGGCCAAGCGAGGCGAGCGCCGCCUCAGUCACCGCUUCCUACCACGCUCCUGACUAUGAGUUGACGGAUGUAAACACAAAAGCCUUCAACGUCGGUUCCUUCGGCAGUCUGUGGCGAGAGAAGCUGAAGAAGAUGGACCUGGCGCUCGAUAUUGAAGAGGAAGUGGAGAUGGGGCAGCAACUGGUUGACCAGCUGGGCCUCCCAGCGGACAUGGUGGAAGAGCUGCAGGUGGUGUGCGGUGUAAAUACGUUGGAUUGCUCAGAGGACACACCCGAUACAGAUGUCAUUCCACAAGAUACAGAUCUGGUCACAUUGCAAAUCCGAAAGAAAGUAAUUGAAAAGAGAGAGGAACGAUUGAUAUGUGACCGUACAUGUCGGCAAGAAAUGUUUGCACAUGAGCAUGAAAUGCAAACUGUGGGAAGGAAGCCCAGUAAUCCAGAAAAUUUUGUUCCAGCCGGAGAGAUUAUCCUAACUAUUAAUGUCUACUCCCCGGUUAUAUUUACCAAGCACAGAGAGAAGAAACCCCAUCAUACCAUGCUAGUUCUGGGUAGUCAGAAACUUACAGAACUAAGGGAUGCCAUUUCAUGUGUCAGUGAUCUUCAGAUCGGUGGAGAGUUCAGCAACACACCAGACCUAGCUCCAGAACAUAUUAGCAAGGACUUGUAUAAAUCAGCAUUUUUCUUCUUUGAAGAAACCUUCUAUAAUGACUUAAGAUAUUCUGAAUGCAGAGACCUGAGCAGGACCAUUAUUGACUGGGUGGAGUCUCAUGACAGAGGUUAUGGCAAGUUUCGUACAGCUAAAAUGGAGGACUACACUUUCAAUGAUAUGUGCAUUAAAGUUGGUUAUCCAUACUUGUAUUGUCACCAAGGUGAUUGUGAGCAUCUUGUCAUCAUCACAGAUAUCAGAGUUGUCCAUCAUGAUGAUUGCCUAGAUAAGACAUUGUACCCAUGUGUGAUCAAAAAGCCCUGGAUGUGGACUCGCAAGUGCUCUGUUUGCAAGUUAUUUAUAGUCAGGUGGGUGACCAACAAUGAUAGUUUUGCCCCUGAGGAUCCAUGUUUCUUCUGUGACACUUGUUUCAGGAUGCUUCACUAUGACACUGAUGGGAAUAAAUUGGGAGAAUUUCUUGCAUAUCCCUAUGUUGAUCCUGGAAUAUUUAAUUAAAAAGUUGUCUGAGUGUCUA